CUUAUCCCCAAGGACGACCGCAAGAAGAUCCACGAGUACCUCUUCCGUGAGGGUGUGCUCGUGGCCAAGAAGGACUUCAACCUUCCCAAGCACGGCGACAUUGACACCAAGAACCUCUACGUGAUCAAGGCCUGCCAGUCGCUCAACUCCCGCGGCUACAUCAAGACCCAGUUUUCGUGGCAGUACUACUACUACACCCUCACCCCCGAGGGUCUUGACUACCUCCGUGAGUGGCUGCACCUCCCCGCUGAGGUUGUCCCUGUCACCCACAUCAAGCAGCAGCGCUCUCACGCUCCCCCCCGCGGCAUGCUCGGUGGUGAGGAGCGCGAGCGCCGUCCCCGCGUUCCCCGUGAGGGUGGCUACCGCCGCCGCGAGGAAGGUGGCAAGGAGGGUGGUGCCCCCGGCGAGUUCAACCCCAGCUUCCGUGGUGGUUUCGGCCGUGGCCGUGGUGCUCCCGCUUCUUAA